AUGAAAGUCGCUGUCGUCGGAGGCGGCCCCGGGGGCCUCGUCACGCUUAAAUUCCUCGCCACCGCGCAUCACUUCUUUGACAUUCCGCCGCUCGAAGUGCGUCUCUAUGAAGCCGAGGACGAGAUUGGCGGCACCUUUGUGGCGCGCGUCUACGAAGACGCCGAGAUGGUCUCGUCAAAGUACCUAACCGCCUUUUCCGAUUUCCGCCUCCCCGCCUCUGCGCCCGAUUUCGUCACGCCCGCCGCCUACGUACAGUAUCUGCGCGACUACCUGAGCCAUUUCCAGCUCUGGCCGCACGUGCGCUGCCGAGCCCGCGUCACGCGCAUCACCCGGAGCCGGAGGAGUCAUCAUCAUCCCGACGCCGGCGGCGGCGGCGGCGGCGGCGGCGGUCAUACCGUCGAAAUUUUCACCUCUACGGAGACGGGCGGCGCGACCGAGACUUGGGACUGCGACGCCGUGGCCAUUUGCACCGGCAUGCACGUGCUGCCGCGCAUCCCCGCGCUUCCCGGGCUGGAAAGAGUCAAGACGGUGCUGCACUCGUCCGAGGUCAAGACGCGGGCGCAGCUUGGCGAGGGCACGCACGUGGUGGUGCUGGGCGCGGGGGAGACGGGCAUGGACAUGGCGCAUCUGGCGGUGACGGCGCCGACGGCGUCGGUGACGCUGUGCCACCGCGGCGGCUUCUUUUGCGCGCCCAAGAUUAUUCCGGUGCCGACGCCGCGCGGACGACCGCUGCCGGCCGGUGCUCGUCCGAACAAGCCGGUCGACACCUCAGUCGCCAGCCUCUUUGACACGGCGUAUGCGCACCCGCGCUUGCAGCGAAGCUCGCUCCUCUGGGCGGCGUACGACUUUUGGGUGCGCAAGGCGCACUGGUGCAUCAGCGGCACGGAAGAGGGCCCGGAUCAAUGGGUCGGGCAGAUGAGCAAGGAGCGCAAGCACCUGGAUUCCCUCUUCAUGGUCAAGUCGGACCGCGCGCUGCCGUACCUUUCCGCCAACCACCGCUCCACGUCGUUGCUCAACCGCCUCCGGAUGCGCAUCCUCAACGUGCCGCUGCGGCCGCACCCCGGCCGCACCAUCUCCGUUCAGUCCUGGCCCUCUCACAUUGACUCUUCCGGCAACAUGCAUUUUCAAUCUCCCCCAUCCUCAUCCUCAUCUUCAUCCUCCACCCCCCUUCUCUCCGCUUCCCAGGCACCACCACCACCACCACCAUCUCUCAUCCCCGACGUCGUCAUUCUCGCCACCGGCUACAUUACCUCUUUCCCCAUCCUCGACCACGGCUACCCUUCCCUCUCCUCCGCCUCAGUCCGGGGCAUCUACGACCCUUCCUGCCCCUCCGUCGGCUUCAUCGGCUUCGUCCGGCCCAGCAUCGGCGCCAUCCCGCCGCUCGCCGAGCUACAGGCGCAGCUCUGGGUUCUCCGGCUCCUGCAGCACCAGGAGGGCCUCGUGCUGCAGCCGCCGCCGUCGCCGUCGCCGUCGCGUGGCUCCUCCCAGUCCGCAGCAAAAAAAGAUGAUGAUGAUGCGGUGCAAGGGUAUGAGAUGGACUGGCGGCUGCAUCCGCGCGCCGGGUACGACGUCUGGGUGGAGAAGAGGGGCGUCGACCAUGAGAGCUACGCGUACCAGCUGGCGCUGGACAUGGGCGCGGCGCCGACGUGGAGGGCGGUGGCGCGGAGGGGCUGGCGAUGCGCGUAUACGUGGGCAAUGGGAUCCAACUUUAACACAAAGUUUAGGCUCGUCGGCCCGUGGAGGGACGAGGCCGUGGCCGAGGACAUUAUGAAAGGGGAACUGUACGAGGUGGUGAGGCGCUCGGGGGGUCUUGUGUAUUUCUUGACGUAUACGCUCAUACCUCUGAUUGUGUUUGGCACGAUUAGUCUGAGUCUGCACGCGGCAUAUGGCAUCGCGGCGCUGCCGGGCAAGGCGGCUGCUGGCGUGAGGCGCGCGUCGGGGUGCGCGAAUGGGAAGACGGAGGUCGCCAAGACGUUGGAGUAG